AUCCUUGCCGCACGAGACACCGCAUAUGCCAUUAGUGGUCAGUUCGAUGAUUCUGCGCCGGAACCAUCCAGCGAAUCGGACCAAACGAUCAUUUAACAACCAUUGUCAGUUGAAGAACCCGGACUCUUGGGUGGCGGCCUGGGUGAACAAGGAUGCUGUCACUGUCCCUCGAGACCCGUCAAUCAGCCCUCAGGACAGCAGCGCCAUGACCAAAGCCCGGCAUCACUGUCUGUCACCAAAACCUCAACCGAAGAUCCAACCACAUCAUCUUCACUUUCUGCAGAUCAAACUGUCGCCAACCCCGUCGUUUCUUCUUUGACUACGCAGUAUGACCAUGACAGCGAACUCCCCCUCGUCGCUCGGCGAGUCCACAACGCUAUCCCGGGUGGCAUAUGAGAGUAUUGCUCAGCAAAACAUGACCGGCAUAGACAUUUCUGAUAUGGAAAUAAUGGCUGUGGCCAGGAUUUGGGCUGGCGACAAAGCAGGGCGCCCAGCGAGGUCCAGGAUAAAAAUGGUCUUCUCAUCUCUAGUUCUUUCUCAUGCGGCUUGCCCUCCUUGGGGAUGGUCUCCCCCCUUUGCAAAGCUAAGAGGCUUCUCAUCGGCUUCUCGAUUCCGUGACGCUCCCAGUGGGCGAAUCUCAAUUAUUAUCGUAUUUUUGACCCAUAUUGUUAUAUUCA